AUGUCUGACCAUUCACUAGAUCUUGAUGCCAACUCAGCCGCAUCGGAAACUCCAAGAAAUGAAAAACAAGAAAACAUUUCCAAACAAACAACUCGUGAGGAAGUAUACCACAGUCAACCGAAUUUCGAAGAGAUAUCCUUCCCUCAUGAGGCAGCUUUCAUUUUCUUAAUGUGCAUGUCACAACUUUUAACACAAGCCGCGAACGCACAAGCAAUGCCUACAAUGGUAAUCGUGGGAAGAGCUUUUGGAGUAGAAGACAAACCAGGAGAGAUCUCAUGGUUUUCUGCUGCUUAUUCCCUAACUGUGGGUACUUUUAUACUAACCAGUGGCCGUUUGGGAGAUAUGUUUGGAUACAAAAAGAUGUUCAUCAUCGGCUAUUUAUGGUUUGGAAUAUUUACACUCUUGGUUGGUUUUGCUGGAUUGACCAAAUCAGUAGUGUUCUUUACCACAAUGAGGGGAUUACAAGGUAUUGGUCCCGCAAUUAUGAUGCCCAAUUCACAAGCCCUAAUUGGCAAUUUCUAUCCAAACAUAUUCAGAAAAAACGUUUGCUUUGCCUUGUUUGGUGCAGUGGCACCGAACGGGUUCAUUGUAGGAGCAUUGUUCAGUAGUAUGUUUGCUCAUGUCGCGUGGUGGCCUUGGACAUUUUGGGUAUGUGGAAUUGUCAGUAUAGUCAUUGCAGGCAUUGCGUUCUUUGUGAUUCCAAACAAGAUAGGCAGCAAAUCAAAAGGCUCUUUUGAUUACUGGGGAUCAAUACUGGGAGUCAGUGGUUUAGUGCUUAUCAACUUUGCCUUCAAUCAGGGCCCAAAUGUUGGAUGGGACAAGGUCUACGUCUACGUUUUACUUAUUGCUGGUUUUCUUUGUAUGGGAGCUUUCUACUUUAUUGAAAAGCGCGUGCAGGACCCAUUAGUGCCGCCGGAGGUUCUCAAAGGGGAUACUGGUUUUAUAUUGGCAUGUAUCAGUGCCGGAUGGUCUUGUUUUGGUGUGUGGUUGUAUUAUCAAUUCAGAUGGGCCCUAUUGGUUGACAAUGAUAGUUCUGUAAUGGCAGCAGUAAAGAAUAUCCCUGCGGGUCCAGUAGGUAUCAUUGCCGCAAUUGCUGCCGCUUACCUUUUAACAAAACUACCCUCGGCUUUGGUGAUGUUCUUUGCCAUGAUUGCCUUUUUAGCAGGGAUAAUUAUCAUGGGCACUAGACCAGUAGGUCAAAUCUACUGGGCUCAGAAAUUUGUUAGUUUACUCGUCCAACCAAUCGGAAUGGACAUGUCGUUUCCCUCGGCAGUCAUAUUGAUGAGCGCGGCCCUACCACGACAUCAGCAAGGUAUUGCAGGCUCCUUGGUGUCGACAUUUGUCAAUUACUCGAUCUCGAUUGGAUUAGGAUUUGCUGGAACAGUGGAAUACUAUACAACAAAGGACAUGCAGACCGGGUUUGACAAAACCGUAUUGGGCAUGAAAAACGCAUAUAGAAUGGGUAUGGGAUUGGCAGGGUUUGGUGUCGUUGUUUCAACGAUUUAUUUGUAUUUGCAAUUAAAGAACAGGCGGCAAAAUAAUAUAAACUCGGAAGACUCAACAACACUCGAAGAUGAAGAGGCCAAAUAG